GACAAGCACCACAAAGUGAGUCACUUGGACUUUUACAACAUGUCCUUGGUCAGGCCUAUAUAAGCUUGCCUUCUUGGGCUCCGAGAUGUGGGACAUCAAAGAAUUGCUUCUUUCAGUGCAGGCAUCUCUCUGACAACCUCCGCUAUGAGGCACAUGAUGCUCUUGUGUGCCAUGAUGCUGCUGCCUUGCAGCUCAACCCUUCCAGUACUUGGCACAUCCGUGCUGCUGAAAUUCAAGGAUUUGAAAUUCAUAGAGAAUUACCUGAACAGGUUUUUUCCAUCUGCAAAUAAAGCCAUCAAGCAAACCCUGGAAGAACGAAUCAAAGAAAUGCAAAAAUUCUUUCAUUUGACUGUAUCAGGAAAAAUGGACACCGACACUAUGCGGGUAAUGGAUCAGCCUAGAUGUGGAGUGCCUGACGUCUUGGAAUAUCGUACGUUUGGAACACCAGCAUGGAAUAAGAACUUACUGACUUACAGGAUCAAUAACUACACCCCUGAUAUGCCUCAAGCCAAAGUAGAUGCGGCCAUAGCAAAGGCGUUUAAGGUGUGGAGUGAUGUGACCCCACUCCAGUUCAGGAAAACAACGGGACCUGCUGAUAUUGAAAUUCGUUUUGCAUAUGGUGAGCACGGUGACAACAUUCCUUUCGAUGGGAGGAGUGGAGUUCUAGCUCAUGCUUUUGCUCCUGGACCACGCCUAGGCGGAGAUGCCCACUUCGAUGAGGCUGAGAUCUGGUCAGAAACCAACAGAGAAAUCAACCUGUUCCUUGUUGCUGCGCAUGAAUUUGGUCAUUCCUUGGGACUGGCUCAUUCUAAUGUUCGUGGCGCUCUGAUGUACCCUACCUAUUCCUAUGUGAACCCAGAAAACUUCCGCCUUCCAAACGAUGAUAGGCAAGGAAUACAAAGUUUAUACGGGACGAAGAAAUGAAUCACCAGAAGAAAUGAAAUAUUCCUAUUUUGUUAUAUUCGUUUUUUUAAAAAAUUGUCUUUUUAAUGAAGCAAAAUGGCAAAAAUUCAUUACAUUCAAAAUGGAGAACUAAACUCUUUUUUAAAAAAUCAAUUAAAUUUUAUAAAUUGGUAAAGUAUGUGUACUGCUUAUAAUGGGCAAAAUAUCUAUGCAAAUUUGAACCUCUUUAUGCCCUAAUUUGAAAGAUAAUUUGUUGGGGAAAUGGUUCCUGUUUUGGAAUAUGUUCACUGUAAAUGGGAAUGUGCAUGAGUCCUGCUAGACAAUCCAAUAUUUAUUUUGUGAUACUGACACUGACAACCUUGCUUUUUUUGCUUUUUAAUAAACCAAGAAUGCUGAGGACAAUGAUACAAAUGUGUAGCAAAUGCUGUGUAAUCCUUUCAAUGAAUUUGAUCCCUGGUUACUCUGAAAAGGAAAUAUGUAAGUGAAAUGUUGGGGAUGACAUGAGUGGUUAAGAAAAUGUUGGUUAAU